GAUAUCGCUUAGCCCUACUGUACCACGUCUCAUUCUUCUUGAAACCCGUCCCGACCGCGACUGCCACCAACACCGAACCCCCGCCGACAACCAAAGAUAGCCAGCUAGACACAACGUCGAAUCGAAUCUAUUCAAUCUACUACCAGGAAGCGAUCAUCAUGGCGACAACAACGCAAUCCUUGACUGACAAUCACUUGGUCUACUUCUUGGCUGGAGCUCUGGUUCCGUCCCUGGCGUGGUUCUUCUUGCGGCCGAAAAAUGACGAAUUCGACCCGGUUGCAAUGGAGGAUGACGAUGACGAUGAAGAUACAGCCGAUGCCACCAAAGGCGGACCGUCCAGCGAAUGGGGAUACACUGAUGCUCCCUACAAAAUGGUACUUUGCGUCAAUCAGGAACUCGGCAUGGGAAAGGGAAAGAUUGCGGCACAAUGCUGCCACGCAGCAGUGGGAUGCUUCAAACGAGCCAAAAAGCAAUGUCCCAAAGGAGUGCAAGCAUGGGAGCGGACUGGAUGUGCCAAGAUUGCCUUGAAAUGCCCCACACAAGAUGAAAUGGAACAAAUUGCCAUCAAAGCCAUUGAACGAGAUAUUCCAUGUUAUAUUGUCGAAGAUGCCGGCCGAACGCAAAUUGCGGCUGGAUCUAGAACAGUUCUAGGGUUGGGGCCCGCACCAACUUUCGUAUUUGAAGAUGUCAGCAACCAUCUCAAGCUAAUGUAACCGCAGUCAACCAGCAAUGACCAUACUGUAGCAAGAGACCAAAGAAUAAACGAUACUCCCAUCUCGU